GUAUUUGAAAUUUUUAAACAUUUGUUCGUCGCUUCAAAACUAGACGCCAUGUCGGAAAGCUCUGAUGACAAGCCAUUGUCUGCUUUGGUCAAGAAAACUAAAAAUACAUCUAAGCCAACGAAAAUGUCACCAAGGGACAUUUUAAAGAAGAAUCAAGACGAAAAGAAGUUGAGUACAAAGAUUAUGGUUCACGAAGCGUUGAACGAAUUGAAAAGUAGAAAAGGAACGUCACUGCACGCAAUUAAGAAAUAUAUAACGGAAAAAUAUAAUGUUGACACGGAUAAAAUCAAUUACCUCAUCAAGAAAUUCAUCAAAACGGGAGUGGAAACGGGCACUAUCGUCCAAAUGAAAGGUGUAGGCGCGAGCGGUUCAUUCAAACUGGUUACAGAGAAAAAAGAAAAAAAACCGGAAGAGAAGAAAACUGCAACGAAAACGAAAAGCGAUAAAGAGAAAUCGAAGACGAAAGAGAAAAAAGAAGUAGUCAAGGAAAAGAAAGAGGACAAAAAGAAAAUCAAGCCCGAGGCGGCCAUGACAAGCAUGAAAGAUAAAGUUAAAAAGAGUAAAACAGAAAAGAGACCUGAAUCUAAGAAGGCGAAAGAGAGCAAAGUUCCCCCCAAAAAGCGAGCGUCCAUGUUGAAGAGAAAAAGUACCGGUUCAGUUAUAAAACCGCCAAAAAUGAAGCCGAAAAGUAAGGAAGAAAAAAAAUUAUUAACAAAUUAAUUACAAAAUAUAUAUUUAAAAGUGUUAACGUUAAUUCUAUUGUAUAAUGCUGUAAAAUUUUAAUAAAUUACUAUGAAACAAA